GUAGUACGCACAGGGCGGAUCGUCACGCGCGCGUCGCGUGGUGUCGCGAAUUCGCGUGAGGAACAGUGCGAAUCUCGCCGCCGCCUGUCGCUCACGCAGGGGGCGGGGGAGCUAGCCGUGCCAGUCGUGUCGUGCUGCUGCGUCGCGUAUUUCGUUGCGCGCACGCGAGCGUGUGCGUGCGUGCGUGCGUGCGUGCGAGCGAGCGAGCGAGCGAUCGGGUCCCAGCGAACGAGCUGUAGUCGACUCAUCACCGUUGACGUCUUCGUCGAUCAUCGAGGGUACGUUUACAUGAAUGGGGACAUCGGGAAGCUGCCACCAGGGGCGGUCUACCCAGCCACCCCUGAAUCUCUGGGUCCACAGGUUGCAGGUGCAAUUGGCGGUGGUGUGCCUAAUAUAGACUACGGAGUCAUGAACGGCGCGCCGAGCAGUGGCGAGUUGAUUCUUGAUGCUGGCGUCGGCAGCCUGGAACCAUCACCCCAACACACUAUAAACAUGCACGGAGGCGCCGUCGGAUACAGCCCGGUGGACGUUGCCGCUUUGGGCGACGCUUCCGCUGCCUCGCCGUCCGUGCCGAUGACGGAUCUUAAUGUCCCCGGCAUACCUCUGGAGCAGCUUAAGCAGUUGCUCUCUUCGCAACUCGAGUACUAUUUCUCCAGAGAAAAUUUAGCCAACGAUACCUAUUUGUUGUCACAAAUGGAUAAUGAUCAGUACGUGCCGAUAUGGACAGUAGCGAAUUUUAACCAAGUGAAAAAACUGACAAAAGAUAUUAAACUCAUAACAGAGGUGCUGAGAGAGUCUCCCAAUGUUCAAGUUGAUGAGGAGGGACAGAAAGUCAGGCCCAAUCACAAACGAUGUAUUGUGAUACUUCGCGAGAUACCAGACAGUACUCCGCUGGAAGACGUAAAGAAUUUAUUUUCUGGAGAGGGAUGUCCGAGAAUUAUCUCGUGCGAGUUUGCUCAUAAUAGUUCGUGGUAUGUGACAUUCGAAUCCGAUGAGGAUGCUCAAAAGGCCUACCGGUUUUUACGCGAAGAGGUUCGAGAAUUUCAGGGAAAGCCGAUAAUGGCGAGAAUCAAAGCUAAACCAAUGAACAGGCUACCGAUACCGACGGUGGCCGGUGUAAGUGGUAUAAAGAAUGGCUACAGAACUCCACCCCCUCCUCCUGUCUAUGAUCCGAGCAGUUAUACGACCGGACAGCAACGUUUUCUCUAUACCAAUGGCACAACUAUGCCUCAGACGACUAUGCCGGCGUACGCGAACCAAGUCGUUUAUCAACCAUUCUAUCCGGCUGGUAUGAUGCCUUGGGGACCAACUAGUCCCUAUUUCGAGAUGUCCAAUGUCUUUACGAUGAACGGAAUCACGCCGCACAACACAUUUACACGUUCAAACACGAGAUACAAUCCUCGACAUAGAAAUAGACAGAGAAAUGGUUCCGAUCGAAGCUGUUUAAUAGAUCAGGCCAAUCCCAGUAACAACAGUAACAAUCAUCAUCACCAUCACCACCAUCAUCACCACCAUCAUCAUCAAUCGUCUAUGCCGCCGCUAAAUAAUCGUAACUCUCAUCCUAUAACCGGUGGCGGCGGCGGUAGCAGCAGCAGCAACAACAGCAGUGGUGGUGGAAACAGUAGCGUGUCCUUGAGCUCUUCUACGUCCACUUAUCAUGCUUCGAGUUUGCCUCCCUCGAAGCCGCCCGUAUCUUCGUCGUCUUCUUCCUAUCAGUCCGGCACAAAGUUCCAUUCAUCGUCGUCCGUUGUGUCGUCAGUAGAGCACGCAAAGGGAGCUUCUUCCACGUCCUCCGCGCAGGAUCAGGACGCAACGGCAGCGGUCGAGCCCACCUCUACACCCUCCUCAUCGGCGCCUUCGUUUGCCCGCCAUCGUAUUCAUCGUAGGACCAAAGAUCAGGAUACGAAGGCGGCCACCGGCAAUAAUCAUUCGCUGCCGGCGAUCAAGGAAUCCUUACCGACGAGCGGUGGUAGCAGCAGCAACAGCAACUGUGGCAGCAGCCGCAGCAGCGGUGUGCAGUUUGACCUCGAAGCAGCGGCUUUUCCACCCUUGCCCGGCCUUGAUCCCGACCAUGGCAAAGCGUCGACGGAUAUAGGUAGCGGUAGCGGCGCCGGCACGGUCGGCAUAGAGUCCUCGCAGAAUCGAUUGUCCGACGUUGUCAAGGGCACCGCCAAACUCAAGGCCGUUGUUAAGGAUAAGGAAAGCGGUAUUCAGCCGCAGCCUCAAUCGCAACAACAGCAGCAGUCCGCGACGCCUAUAUCGGCGGCGGUGAACACCGCCAGUAGAUCCGCUAGUCCUGGAGCGAGCACCGGAGCAGCAGAAGCGCAGGGAAAUGCUACCGCCACGACGAACUCUACAAACACCACGCAUAUCCUUAAUCCGCCGACGGCCAGCAAUGAGAACAUAUCGUCGGCUGAUGCUGCCGCGCUUAGCACCGUCGCGCUCACUCCCCCGUCAUCUCCUGAUAAAUCUAUAAAGACUGAUGACUCGAACAUGGUGAACGGUGUGGACGAAGCUGUAGUUGCGAAUAUGCACCUGCCGGCAGCGGCCACGUCGGCGAUAACGAUGGCUACGGCGACGACGAUAACGACAACGACGACGACGACGACGACGUCGGCCGCGGCGACUACGGACGACGCCGAGACAGUGACCAGGUGCGACUGUAAUAAUGUCGUCGUCCCACCUCCUACUGCCUCUUCACAAAACUCCCAAUCGCAAACUGGAGUGGCCUCUGCCUUCCCUAUAGAUCUUACGAGGCCAAGCUAUGCCCAAGUAGCGCAACAUUGCCGUGAGCUACCUUGUACAAAACACAAAACAGAUGAGAGGGAUAGAAAUGUUUAAAAGUUGCACGUGACGACAGAAGGAAGACACCUUAAGCGGCGGAAGCAGCUUAGGUAUAACGAAGCAAAAAGCCAAAAUCUACAGAUUACCGCGUGUCAACGGGGUAAUUAAACGAUAAUUAGCUGUGCUAUAUGUGCUAUGACGUCAUCGCCAUCCUCUCGAAGUCGUCGGAUCGGAUCGAGAAUCAGGAUAUCGGAGCUCACCGCUGCUUUCAUCUACCUAUCUUUACCUUCCCGGUACUCCCUUCUCAGACCGACGCCGUCACGUGCUGCAGGCGUGAGGAAGAGAGAACUUUUUACAUUGUACAGUGACGUCUCGCCUACGAUCAACGAUCGAUCGAUCGACGAAUCGAUCGAGAGAGAGAGAGAGAGAGAUAUUAAUGAGUGAUGGUGUACGUAUGGGUUUUGAUAUGUGUGCGCGCGCGCGCGUUUUUGUUUGAUGUGUGUGUUUUUGUUUUGAUGUGUGU